AGGUACGAUUAGAAGAACAUUGAAGGAAACAACGCAAUGUUUGGAGCUUUUCGACCUACGAACGUUAUGUCUGGCGGUCUUCUUUGGAAGAUCCCAUGGCGACUCUCCAAAUUCCAAAAGGCACGGCAGCGCAAACGUUUAAGGGCUGUCGAUUCGGUGGUUGCUACUGUGGAUAGAGCUUUGGCUGCUAAGGGGAUUACGACAAAGGCUGUGGAGAGGUGGAAGGAGGAAAUGCCUACGGAGCAGGAGAUGUUACCAAAAGAUAAAUACACAAUCUUUGAUCGCAAAGAGAAGAAAUAUAGGAAGGGAAUUCACAAGCUUCCUAAAUGGACGAGACUAUCACAACGACUCAAUCCUCCCGGUUAUUGAUAUGGAUAUAUUUGGAUGGACUCAAUGGAAAGAGUUCUCAUCGGAAGAAUUGAUGUACAAUAUGCAUUGAUGGCGUUUGGGAUAUGUGUAUACGAGAAAAAGGAUGAAAGGGCAUGAGUUCAGUGCUCUGGAAUGGCUAGAAUCC